AAAGCGGCGCAUGUCCGCCGGCGUCACCAAACACGCAAAAUGAAAGAAGCACUCGUGGUCGCCAGCUAUAGUGCGUGGCAUUGAAAAGUACGCAGGAAUCAGAAUGAAGCUCACGGCGUUCUGCUUGGUCGGGGCCCUGGUCGCUGUUGCCUCCGCACAAGACGACGCCAAAUUGACCGCCGCCAGCAAUGACUUCGCCUUACGGCUCCUUCCGUUGAUGUCGAGGUCCCAGUAUGAGAACGUCUUCUAUUCGCCGUACAGCGUGGCCACCGGCCUUGCCAUGGUUUACGCUGGCGCAAAGGGCCCGACACUGCACGAACUGUACGAGGCCCUCGGCUACAACUCGACGGGACUCGCGCAGGCCAAAGUUCUGAGCGCGCACGCCGAGCACAAUCGUCAACUGCUGGCGCCGUCCAACUCGACGCUAAAGAUCGCCAAUGCUGUUGUUGUCGACGACAGGUUGAACGUUCUCCCGGGAUACGUGAACGCCCUGGAGAACGGCUACGAAGCCGAGCUUCUCAAGGUCGACUUCGCCGGAGCAGGUCAGGAGGCCGUGAAUUCCAUCAACUCGUGGUUGAGCCGGAAGACGCAGCGGAAGAUCAGUGCGCUGUUCGACAAACCUUUGCCCGGCGACACAAAACUUGUGCUGCUUGAUGCCAUCUACUUCAAAGGGAUGUGGCGCACAAUGUUCAACAGGUCGAACACGGCGAAGGCCUUCUUUUUUACGAGCGACGGUCGGGUGUCCAGAGUCGACACCAUGCAGGGCACAGCCAAGGCGGGAUACGCCUACCUGAAUGACAUCGGAGCUUCGCUACUUGAGCUGCCUUACAGUGGCCUCGACUACACCAUGACGAUCUUGCUUCCCAACCACAUUGACAACUUCGGAAUCCUCAGGAGGGGCCUGUCUCGAAAAAUGCUCAGUAAUGCGGUGCGCCAGCUCUACGAGACUACGGUCGAUGUUCGCCUCCCGAGGUUCAAGCUCGAAAAGGAGUACAAUCUGAAUGAGGUGCUGGCCAGGCUGGGCGUCACGAGGGUGUUCAACGCGGGCGAGGCCGACUUGUCAGGCAUCAACGGUGGCAGGGACCUCUUCGUGGACGAAGUGGUGCACAAGGCUGUGGUGGAAGUCAACGAGCAAGGCAGCGAAGCGGCAGCUGUUACCGGAGCAUCGACGCUCAUCGUUUCCGGCCCGAUCACCUUCUACGUCGACCACUCGUUCCUGUUUUUUAUCCGCAAUACCAGAACGGCGGACAUAAUCUUCGUUGGAAUAGUGAACCACAUCGAAUGAACAGUUCAGAAUA